AUGCCGACAUCCUCAUCCAUACAAUCCUACUUCACGUCUUCGCCGACCAAGAACAGCGAUGGUUUCACCGCCGACGAGGUGCAGUCGGUCGUGCAGCCUGCAGGUGGAUCUGCAGUCAACACAUGGACUCCCACAUUAGAUUAUGAAGAAGCUGAUAUGGGCUCUCUUGAGCCUGGCCCGCGCAACCUGAUGCUCAUAGGGCGCGUAGUCAACUUCUACGACGUGGCCAAGCCGAGCAAGCGUCACAAAGCUGCACAGGGCUACAUCAAGAUCAUGCUUGCCGACGAUACCGGCGUGCUCACCGUACGGCUCUGGUACGCUAAUGCAGAGUACAAACUGCGCCUUGGACAGCUCAUCACUGUCUGGACAGUACAUAUCUCGAACAGCUCGGAGCACAAUGCACUUGCCCCAAACACUGCGCCACUCUUCACCACCAUAUUCCCUGAGGGCGAGCGGCACUGUCACCUCAUGGUGCACGAGAACAGUGAUGACGGGACACAGUUCAAGCGACCGUUCAACUGCAAAGACUCGAGGGCGCUGCCUAGUCUCAUGACGCUGAGAAGCUUCACGGACGGCGGAUAUGAUGUUGAUGAGCCUAAACUGCUCGUGUGUGUGAAGAGCAUCGGAGCAAGGAAACGCUACAUCAAUCGAAACGGCACCACCUCCGAGCUGCUUACCUUAGGCAUCUUUGACGACACAGCCGAUGCCUCACUGACACUUUACUCCGGGCUUUGCGACUCUGCAUCCUUCCUACAGACCUCCAAAUCCGUCUUGCUAAUCUCCAACCCAGGUUGGCGCAUCGAAAAGACCGCCAAACUGUCGCUCAACGCCAACUCUCGUGUCGAUAUUGAUCCAGAUAUAGGCGAUGCCCGGCGCCUGCGUGCACUUGCCCAACGCCUGACCAAGAAAGAGCACGUCAAUCCGCCCUUCCCUGUGAUCGACGUAUCUUGCUUUGAGGAAAGCCCUGUACGUGCGCUCUACAACUUCGCCGAUAUCGAUGACUUCGCACGUAUGAACCCACGUGAAGAGCUCCUAGGUUACGUUUCCUGCAUCGUCACAUCGCUCAACAUCGUUGUGCCAUACAAGCGCAACAUGCUGCUGAGCGCAGAGUGCUGCGGUGUUGCAAUCUUUGCGAAUGCGACAAACACGAUGUGCAAGCAGUGCGAGAAGGAGGUUGAGCUGAGAAUUAAUCCGAGGAUCCUUGGUCCAGUUCUUGACGAAACUGGACAGAUUGGCAGCGGAAAGCUCGUCUUAUCAGAUCGCGCAUGGGGAGAGCUCCUCGGUCGAACAGCCUCGCAGCUUGUCCACACGGAUUUGGAAGUGCUGCGAUACCUAGAGCAGCGGCUCUUAUUCCUACGAGUCACGAUGGGCUUCGCCUUGAAGCUGGAAGACGAGAUUGGCAGGCUAGCUGUCUGGUGUGUGAAGAGCUGA